GCGGCCCGGGCCGGAAGUCGGCGAGUUCUCGGGUGUGUGUCUGUGUCUGUGUCUCGAAGCGGCGCGCGGCCCGGGACAAACGCUGGGGAAUCCCAUCUGAGGCGUCACCACUGUCACUACCAUCACCCACGGAGCCACUUCUAGAGGGGAGUAGACCCGGCGCUUCGCCGGGCAGAGAAGAUGUUGCCCCUGUCCAUCAAGGACGAUGAAUACAAACCACCCAAGUUCAAUCUGUUCGGCAAGAUUUCGGGCUGGUUUAGGUCUAUCCUGUCGGACAAGACGUCCCGGAACCUGUUUUUCUUCCUGUGCCUGAACCUCUCUUUCGCUUUUGUUGAACUACUCUACGGCAUCUGGAGCAACUGCUUAGGCUUGAUUUCCGACUCUUUUCACAUGUUUUUCGAUAGCACUGCCAUUUUGGCUGGAUUGGCAGCAUCUGUUAUUUCAAAAUGGAGAGAUAAUGAUGCUUUCUCUUAUGGGUAUGUUAGAGCGGAAGUUCUGGCUGGCUUUGUCAAUGGCCUAUUUUUGAUCUUCACUGCUUUUUUUAUUUUCUCAGAAGGAGUUGAGAGAGCAUUAGCCCCUCCCGAUGUACACCAUGAGAGACUGCUUCUUGUUUCAAUUCUUGGGUUUGUGGUAAACCUAGUAGGAAUAUUUGUUUUCAAGCAUGGAGGUCAUGGACAUUCUCAUGGCUCUGGCCAUGGACACAGUCAUUCCCUUUUCAAUGGUGUUCUGGAUCAGACACAUGGCCAUGGAGAUCAUUGCCAUAGUCAUGAAUUGAAACAUGGUGCUGCACAUAGUCAUGAUCAUGCUCAUGGACAUGGACACUUUCAUUCUCAUGAUGGUCCCUCCUUAAAAGAAACAACAGGACCCAGCAGACAGAUUUUACAAGGUGUAUUUUUACACAUUCUGGCAGAUACACUUGGGAGUAUUGGUGUAAUUGCCUCUGCCAUCAUGAUGCAAAAUUUUGGUCUAAUGAUAGCAGAUCCUAUUUGUUCGAUCCUGAUAGCCAUGCUUAUAGUUGUAAGUGUUAUUCCUCUUUUAAGAGAGUCUGUUGGAAUAUUAAUGCAGAGAACUCCUCCAGUAUUAGAAAAUACUCUGCCUCAGUGCUACCAGAGGGUGCAGCAGUUGCAAGGAGUUUACAGUUUACAAGAACAGCACUUCUGGACCUUAUGUUCUGAUGUUUAUGUUGGGACCUUGAAAUUAGUAGUAGCCCCUGAUGCUGAUGCCAGGUGGAUUUUAAGCCAAACACAUAAUAUUUUUACUCAGGCUGGAGUGAGACAGCUUUAUGUACAGAUUGACUUCGCAGCCAUGUAACGAAUGAAAAGAAAUUAUCCUUUUUGGGGGACCUAAUAUUUCCGGUACUGUACAAUCCCAAACGUUGUACCUAGCUUUUUAGAACAAAAAUCGUCACUACAAUUCCCCAGCGCCAAGUAGACCAGGUAGCGUCAGCAGUUUGUGGUCUGCCAGGAAGGAGCUCACAGCUAAGGGAACAGAACUAGGAGGAGCUCUCCUGGACUUUUGGUCUUGUCUUUUGUGCUCUUCCCUCCAAACCAUUGUAAUUUCUGACGUUUGUAGUUUUGUCCCAGGAUGUUAUUUUUUGUUUGUGUACCUUUUUUUUUUUUCCCCAUUUUCAAAAAUGCCCUUAGCCCUAGUGGUCACCCUAGCCAGUCCAAAUUCAGAUGCUGGGCUUCCAUUCAUCUGCACAGUCUUCACCGAAGCUGCUGGAAACCACUGCUUUCAUUUCCACAAAACUAGUGUUAUUAAAAAAAAAAAAAGAAAGAAAUCGUUUUAUAUGUAAUGUCACAAUGGUUGACAUUCUUCAGUAUAAUCAUAUGUUUGUAAAAUUGUUUGUACCUUGCAAACUUAUGAACCAAACCAUAUUGGGUUUUCAAAGUGCCUUUGUAUCAGAAAAUGUAUUUGCCAGCAUAAUAAUGUACCAUCAAAGGUCAUGUGUAUGGUUUUUUUUAAUGGAUAAUUCUAUAAUCUGUACGAAGUAAGACUCUUACAAGUGAUGUAUACAGAUUGUCUUUGUGUGUACUUCCAGCCUAGGUUUAAAGAUAUGAGAAGUUUCCUCUUAUUGCUCUAUCUCAUUGAAAAAUAGGUGUUAUUUUGCUUUUUAAAUCAAAUUCAAUUAUCACAUUAUUCUGUGGACUGUGUUUUCAAAACUUUGCAAAUGCAUCUGUUAUAUAGAUGAUUGUUUCGACUUACUUAAAACAUCUGCUAAAUCCCAAAUUUCUCUGAAAGCUACUGUGUCUGUGAAAACUUCCCUAUGUGUCUCCUUGCUUUUUUUAUGGGUUUUAUUUUUAUUUUUUAUUUUUUUAGAGAGGUGGGGAGGAAGGGGCAGAGGGAGAGAGAGACUCUCAUGCGGGCUCCACGCCCAGCAUGGAGCCCGACACCAGGCUCGAUCUCACAACCCUGUGACCGUGACCUGAGCUGAAAUCAAGAGUCGUAUGCUUAACCCACUGAGCCACCCAGGCGCCCCUAUGGAUUUUAUUAAUGAAAGGCAAUGUAGAGGGAAGGCAGAAAUGAUUGUGACAAUGUUACUUUGUUUUUUCAUUCUUCAAAUGCCAAGUCAUACAAUUUGUUUUCCUGUGCAAGCACUGCACAAAUACAGUUGCUUUCAGAAACCUAAAAGCAGCAUUUUAUUGAGUUUAAACUGUUAAAGAUACAGAUCAAUUGUGAUAAAACAGGUGUCUUAGAAAUUAAUAAACAAGUUGAUUUCUAGGUUUUUGUGUAUUUGAAAAAUAAAAUUGUGAUUUGAAAUGACAAGUGCUUGAACACUCAAAUGUUCUCUGUGUUUUUGAAGAAAUAUUGAUCUGGAUAGACAUUUACCCAUUGUUCUUCGUUUUAUCACAAUGUGUGUUCCCUUUUAACUUUAAAAAACUGAAAAUUCUUGGGGGAAAAAUCUCUGCAGGAUGAAAUGAUUGUUUAGAAUGUAGACCAAUAAUAAGCACUUUUUCACGGAUGGGGCAGAAAUCGCUGUUGAUUUUGUCUAAGUUUUAGAGUAUCUCUCUCCCUAUUUCUGAUCUACAAUUUAUGCACUAAAGUGUGUUAGGAAAACUGGACUGCUUUCUUAAUGCUUUCCUAAAAUGCUGCAGAUUGCUAUGAGCUGUUGACAGUCUCCUUUUUGCAGAUUAAGCAGUAUUUUCAGAACAUUUUUACUUUACUGCCAGGCAGUUCUAAAGCUAAGAAUUCCUGCAGUAGAAUGUGUUUAAUUAAAACAGUUGUUGAGAUGUUUUAGGAGGGAAAGUAUAAAAGGAAAUGUCCUGAUAACGUACUACUUUUUCAUUAUAAGUGUAAGUGACUGUUUGGAAGUUUGCAUCCACUACUGAGCCUGACAGAAGCCUGGGAUAUUCUGUGGGUUUUGGCAUAUUGUGGAAAAUGUCAUAUCUAGAUGAAGAUGGGAAUUUUGGAUGUGUGCCUUUAAAAGCUAAUAUUAUAUGUAAUUGUAGUGAUUGUUCACAUAUGGAGACAGUAUUUGCACUGGCCUGUAAACUUGACCAGUGCAUUUUGAAGGUCCAGUUCUGCCUUUCAUCAGGCCCUCCAUUCCAAGUAAAGUUUUUGUCAAAAUAUGUAUCAUUUUAACUAUACUCUGAAUACACAAGUGCAUGCGUAUGUGUUUUUUCUUUGAUAAGGCAUUGAGCAUACAGAUUAUUAGACUGAUAUGGAACUCUAAUUUUGCACCUAUUACAAGAGAUUUCCAGCUCAUACCAUUUGGCGGGUUGACAUUAACAUUUAUGCUUUAAUUAAAUGUCCUUAAACCUGUGUGUGCAGCAGUGACAAAUCAGUGUGAGAAAAAGCAAUUUUGUUCUCAUUCUAACAAAUAUUCGGUCUCACCUGUGUUUCUGGCACAGACCUAUUUGCUAAAGUAGAUAAUUUCACUGAGAAACACUACCUGAUUGUUGUAAUAGACUUGAGAUGUCUCUAUGGUUAACUCUUGGGGUGGGUGGGGUGGGGAGGGCAGGGAGUCUCUGAGUAUAACUUUGCUAGUAUCUUAAAAAUCAAAAUAUUCCUUGGAGAACAAAUUUGUUUCUCUCUGGAAGAGUUUACCUUGCUAAGUAAAUUUCCCCAAACAGAAAUAUACCUAUAUUAGUUUCAUGUUUUAAAAUAUAGAUUGUAUUACUCAAAGGGCUUACCGUAUGUGUGACUUUAUUUUGCUGACUCCCUGUGCACUUUGGUGAAGGACAGUGUGUAGUUUAUCUGUAGCUCUGUAUUCCUCUUGUCAAGCGGUCUUCUGCAGAGGCAUAAGGAAGUAGCAGCAGAUGUUAGUGGCAUCUACCUUGUCUCCGGAUGCUUCAGCAUUCUUCAAAGCCUCCGUGUAGACCCCAGUAACCAAAAUACUGUGACUUGUGCACCUUUGUAAAGCAGCCCAAUCAGUGACUCCAAAUGCAAUUGAUCAGAGUUCUUUAAUGUUUUUACCUGCUAUGGAAGAAUAAAUUUUAUAGAGAUGAUUAUGGUAGCAUCCUCAUAUAAUGCUGGGAUUUAAGAACAAAAAUAUGUCAUUGCUCAACAUAGAAUUUUAUAUCUAAGGGACUGUCCUUAAAAGCAGUCUCGUUCUACCUCUCAUUUUACAGAUGAGAACAUUGAAGCCCAGAAAUGCUGUCAUUUACUCACGGUCACAGAGAUAAUUAGUGGCAAAGCCAAGACUAGAGUCCAGGUCGUCUGACUCCAAGUCAAGUUCGUUCUUCUCUACUGUGCUGCCUCUCCAGUGUAAUAUUUGCCUUUCUGUAAAUGUGAUGAAAAAGCAUUUGUAAAUAAAGGAAAGCUGACCUCCAUUUUUGGUACAUUAAGGCACUUUAUAAAUGGAGUUUUAUUGUCUUAUUUUUCAUAAGUAAUUAUGAGGUUUAGAAUAUUAUUUCCAUACUUCCAUUAUGAGGUUUAGAAUAUUCUUUAUGGAAAAUAUAAUUUUUGUACUCUUUUACUUUUUUUACUCUUAUGAAACCAGUUCCUGAUUUUUAAAAUAUGAUGACAUCUGUGCUUUGGAUACUUUUAAUUUGUGAAUUUUUCUGUUAAUUGCCCAAGGCUAAAUCCAAUUUAAGGAUUGCUUAGUUUCUUUAUUUUGUUUAUAUUCUGUGAGCUGGUACUUUUUAGAAACCACGCUAAUUCUCACAGGUCGUAUCAUUUCACUCCUGAUACUUUAGUUUUCACUCCCUGGGGAGCUUUUUGGAUUUUUAACAUUUAUUCUCAGAGCCACACAAAAUUGGGCAUUAAAUUAAAUACAGAACAAAACAGGCCUUUUAAAUUCAGUAGGGUGAAAUUUUGAAGUCUUACCAGAACCCCAAAUGUUAAAUUGCUUACUCUCAACAUAAAAGCAUUACCUUGAUAAAACUGAACUUUUUUCUUUCUGUCACCAUCUUCAAAACAGAAAUUAUUUUCCAAUUCACGAGAACUUUGGCCAAAAAAAGAAAGGAAAAGUUUUAUUUUUUGAAGAACACUCAUUAAAAGUUUUAUUAAUGGAAGAAGAUUAUUUCAAGACAUGACCCACCAGAAGCCUUAGUGAUCCAGAUCUCUACCAUCGAGAUAGACUUACAUAUAGUGAAAAAUUAUCAAAACAAGUAUCUGUGGAGAAGUAUAGUUAUAUUUAAAGGCCAAAUGGAUGUGAGUCUUUUUGAUGAGGGCAUCUUUGGUUUGUGUUUAACCAUUUCCCAAGUACAAAUUAUACGGAAAGGGUGGGAUUCAACCUUUAUUAAGUAUUUCUGUGUCUUUGUGUAGCCUUUUAAAGCCUCACAUUUCAAUAAAGAAAUCUGGCAUGGUUUUAUGACUGACAGAGCAUUUUCAAAUUCCCUCCUUGGGGAAGGAAUUCAUAACCGCAUUUUCCAGAUGAGGAAGCUGUUGUGGGAGAAUUUAAAUGACUUGCCUGAGGGAUAGCCAGUGGUAACGCACUGACCUUAAAUCCAGUGCUUUUUCUGAUGACUACUCUGUUUUAUGUAUAUCAUUCUACAGUGGUUUAAAGAUCCAAGAAUUUGUAGCAGAUUUGAACAGACUCUCCAAUAAAAUCAGUGAACAAUUAUGACAAAAUUGAUUAUGGGGUAAUAGUUGUUACAUAUACAUUGCUUAAACUCAUUCCUUCAUUCAGUGCUCUCACGCUUAGUUCCUACCUUUGCCAUUGAAUUUAAAUUGUGCAGACUAAAAAGAAUCAGAACUCCUUUAAGAAUUUUUAAAACCUUUUAAAGUUUUAUUGAUGCUCAGAGUAAACUGCUUAAAAAAGGGAUUGACUCAGAAGAGAGCCCUUGCCAGUAUGUAAGUAAAGAGAAACUGAAUUCCUCCUGGCUAAGAGAGGUUAACAUAAUUGAAGGAAUUAUCUUCCAAGAAGUACAAAUAAUUUGUGCUGCUUGAGAGGGAUCUGAGGCUGUACAACAUUACAUUUUAUAGACACCUUUUCAAGAAGAAAUCUAUUUCAUAAUUAGUAGCAAUCUGUGCUUCAUAAAAGUAUUGAACUUUGAACUCUUCCCAUGGCUUUGAAAGUUUAGUAUUUGCAAUUCUGAUGAUGUUGGAAAGUUUGUAAAAAAGAAUGUCUGUCUCAUCAUGUAUCCCAUUAUCCCCAAACUUAGUAUGAACUUACAUGCUCAGUAAAUGUUUGGUUAACUAGUGAGUAAAUAUUGUAGGUCGUAGUGGAUACAAAAGUAACAGUUGGGGGGACAGAUAGAACCAGUAAUUUAUUAUUACAGAAGACACCUCAGUUUUUCUUUGGCAUUUUGGCACAAAUAAGUGACUUUGUAUCCACUUCGGCCAUUUUUUUCUAGGAGCCCUGUGAGCUGCCUCUCAAUUUUAAUCCAGGAACAGUAGACAAAGAGAUGUUAUCCAUGUUGUUGGAUAGAAAUUUGGCAGAACUGAGACUGUGGAAGCUGGGUCACUUGAAUUUUUACAUUAUGUGUUACCAAAUGAGAAACCACAUUGCCUCCUUGGUUUCUGUGGAAAAUUGCCAUAUUCAUAUUACUUUAAGGAUCUGUGUAUAACAUACCUUGUUUCAUUUAUCUCCAGAUGUAUAAUUAUCCAAAACUCUUUCAGUGGUAUAUCCUGAAGGUGCUUCUAUAAAAACAAACACUACAUGUAUUCAUUUAGUGAUUUAAAUAUUCCUAGAAUCGUUUUUUUUCUUUUUUCCCCCCUCUAAAUACCAAAUUUUAAUGGAGCUUCUCUAUAUUUCUUAUUUUUCAUCUUUUAAUUGCUGCUGCCACGGUAAAAUUUCCCAUUUUUACUAGUGAAAAAAAAAAAGCUUUAUUUUGAAUUUUAGUAUUUGCAUUUUGUUUAGGUACCACAUAUCAUGUAUCAGUUAGCCUCAGUGAAGAUUCUGUUUUGAACUAGAUGUAUCCUGUCAAGAGUUUGCCAAAUAAUCCCAUUGCUUCCUCCAAGAGCAAAAAUUCAGUGAUAUUUCUUCCCAAGUGAUACUUUGCCCCAACACUUGUGAGUUUGAUCAAGAAACAGAAUGGAUCUUUUAUAUCGGAAAUACUGUGAGUUAAAAAUUGCCAAAUCCUUUUUCAGUAUAUUCCAAGGACCCCUGCAACACUUUACCUCCCUGUCUUUAAUGGUUUCUAAACACAUAGCCAAGUUUGGACUUGGGUUUGAUUCCUAUAUGAAGAUUAUGGCACCAAAACAUUUCUAAACAAACGUUUGAGUACAAGUCUAGACUGGAAUGUCAAAUUUCAAGGACUAUGUUGUAAUUUGAUUUGAAUGUGCUAAAGUGAGCAAUUAUGAUUUGCCUAAAUAUAAUACAACAAAUCCAUCAUGUAUAUUUCAUUUUUUUCUACUUGAAGACAUUCAUGUAUAUAUUUUAACUUCAGAUGUAUUUAAAAAUAAUAAACCUUGUAUCAAAAUUCUUCCAAUAAAAUUUGUUUCAAAAUCUUCA